AUGGAGAGGUUGUUGAAGAAUGCCAACGACUAUUCCGAUAGUCCGCAGCUGGCCCGAAUGGAGUCUGUCACGAAAAGAUGGCUCGUUGAGACGUUAGUUAUUCCAGAAAUAUCCUACUACCGACUCUUCGACGGGGCACUGAGACAGGAGCAAUUGAAUGCCACCAUUCUUUCAGUGCUCGAUAAUUUCCUCUGCCCAUCAGCUCCUGGCAUCGUCAAAGUCAUCGAUCUUCCAGCCCCAAAUAUCGAGGACGAGAAAAGCCAAAAUGAUGGGCGUGAUUGGAUUGAUCGCUGA